AUGCAGGGAGUCAAGACCAAAAGUGGGCUUCCACAGCCUUACAACAUGAAACCCAAAAACAAGGGCUUUCUAACGACGCCAAUGAAGAAACUAAUUGCAUACAUCUUCGUGUUGCUCAUCUUUGGUUACAUUAUUUAUGAAAUUUCACCAAAACCUGAAAAAGAGGACCCAAAAUAUGAAUUAGAUUCUCAAGCUAGAGUACAGGAGAAUCAAAAAAGUGCUAAGAAUGUGAUUGAUAAAGAAAAAUUGGGUGAUAUUGAUCUUGCCGAUGCUCAUAUGGAUUCAAAUCACAAGAUUGAAUAA